UGAUCAUUUGUCGCGUAUUAGCGGUUGUCAUCGCAAAGAAACAAGCUGUUUUCUCUAACGUACCUAACUUAGGCACAUGCCAAAAUUCACAGCGCAAUCAUGGCUGCCACGACGGAGUACAAGAAAUUUCUGGCAGAAGAGAUUCUGACCGAGGACAAGGUGAUUACUUAUCGGUACCUUGGCCGAUCCCUUGGCGUGCGAUUGAAUGUCGCUAAACAAAUGCUCUACGAGUUUCACAAGUCGCAAAAUGAACGGAAGCCAGGUACUAUUCAUGCGACUUAUCUCGUGUACGGGGUCAAGCCAAACGAGGACUCGCCUCAAGGCCAGUCACAGCCGGAUGGGGACAUUGAGAUGGCGAGCUCCAUGCCCGAGGUUGAAGAAACCUCGGAGCAAGUCCCGGUCUUUACGGUCACUUUGGUGAAGGAGGAAAAUCUUGAGGACUGCCUAGCGCAGUAUGAACAAGUGACCUCCAUUCACGUAUACAGCAUAGGAAAACAUCCUAUGAACGACCCGCAACUUCUAUCGGACGCAGCUCACCAAGUGCUCCAGAUCGCGUCCACGGACGAUGCUCUUGAGCUGAACAGAAAACUGGGCAACAUUAGCAACUCUCAAGUGCGGCGACGAGACCGCAGGGGCUUACCGAUCCCGCCACCGGUCACGGUAAAGUCGGAACCGAAGCCCAGCCAACCGGUGAAGGCCGAGCCUCCCAAAUCCCAGGGACCAUUCGGAAAGUCAAAUGUGCCCGCCAAAGACGAGUCCAAGUCUCUGGCCACCUCAUCUGCAAAAUCAUCACAAGCAGCGUCGGCGGCCUCUACGCAAAGCGACAGCAAGAAGCCUCCUUCGUCUAUGAAGCGGGGCGGCUCCGGCGGUCUAAUGCAGGCCUUUGCAAAGGCUAAGCCCAAGAAGAAGGUCGAGGUGGCUGCACCGUCUCAGACCGACACUGCUAUGUCGGAUGACGGAGAAGAUGAUUCGGAAGCCGUGCCCGCGCCGAAAAAUGCCGAGCCUACUGAUGGAGCUGCCGGUCGGAAGUCGCGAAAGGAGCGGGAGGAGGAGCUGAAGCGCAUGAUGGAAGAGGAUGACGAUGAUGUGGAGGAAGAGAAAGAGCGCGAAGACACCCCAAUAGAAGAGCCAGAAGAGGAGCCCGAGGAAGCGCCUGCCCCUGAGGUCCCUAAAGAGCCUGAAGAGCCGGCAGAGGUCAUCUCGGCUAGUACCGGGGAUGGCCGGAGGCGUGGCAGGAAGCGUGUCAUGCGCAAGAAGCAAGUCAUGGACGAUCAGGGCUACCUUGUCACAAUUCAGGAAGCGGCCUGGGAGUCUUUCUCCGAGGAUGAUACCCCGUCAAGUUCUGCAAAGCAAGCAAAGCCUGUCGUGGCUGCGCCGGCCACAGCAUCUGCCGCAAAAGGCAAAAAGGCUGGAGCAAAAGGGCAAGGCAACAUCAUGUCAUUCUUUUCGAAGAAAUGAUUUGAUAAAACUGUUGCGUAGGUUUGCUAUGGUAUUUGGGCAGCCCGUGAUACUCAUGUAUCUACAUAGCACUGAAGACACGCAAGGGUUAAUGGCUACCUAAUUAUCAUGAAGAAUAUGGAGUCAGUCU